GUCUCCCCACACUGCUGCUGGGGGACUUUUUAACUAGGCCUGUGCCUGUGUAUGGCCUUCAAUUGAAGCUGCUUCUGCUCCGCCACUCUGCCAUUGGACUCUGAUAGUCGUCUCCCCACACUGCUGCUGGGGGGACUUUUUACAUAGGCCUCUGUAUGGCCUUCAAUUUAAGCUGCUUACGCUUCGCCACUCUGCCAUGGGCCCCUGUACCACCUCCUCUUGCUGCUGCCAGGUCCAGAGUGUGUCAUGGGUCCCUGUACGGCCUCCCAUUGCUGCUGACUUCAUCGCCAGACUCUGCCAUGUGCCACUUUCAGGUCUCCUUACACUGUUGGUGGGUUCCAUUUUGUGAUAGGGUGCUG